AUGACGCAAUAUCUUGCGAAGGUAAAGGAGAUGAUGGGCAAAUUUGACAGGUGUACAAUCAACCAGAUCCCAAGGGAUGAAAAUGCAAGAGCUGAUGCUUUAUCGAAGUUUGGGUCAAUGAUGGAAGGAGUCAAGGACAGAAAAAUUACUGUCAUGGUAAAAUCAGUUCCGGUGAUAGAGGAAAAGCAUCUGAAGACCAGGUUGGAAGGAGCAAAAAGAGCGUGGGUUGAAGAAUUACUUGGAGUGUUAUGGGCAUGUCGAACGACCCCACAAAUAGCUACAGGUGAAACUCCCUUCUACUUAUUUUACGGUAGCAAAGUUGUUAUACCCGCAGAAAUAAGGGAGGAAACUACUCGAGUUGUCCAAUAUGAACCAAAGGAGAAUUCUCAAGAGCGAUCUUUCGAUCUUACUGUGAUCGAGGAGGGAAGAGAUCGUGCAUAUGCUAAGAUAUUGAGGUAUAAGAGCAUGAUGACUAAAAGUUACAAUCGAAGAGUACGAUCAAGGAGUUUUCAGGUCGGUGAUCUGGUUCUGAAAAAAGUUGAGGUAACAAAGCAUGUUGGAAAGCUCGAUCCGACCUGGGAAGGUCCAUACAAGGUAGUGGAGAUCAGGAAGAAAGGAACGUAUACUCUGCAAGACAUGGAAGGGAAGAAUCUACCAUGA